AUGUCAUAUCUGGAAAAAUUAACUUUAUAUCUUCCUAUAAAAGGUCGAAAUAGAGUCAUUGAUGGUACUAACGUUCAACAUGAUAUUUUGGAUUAUAUGCCACAACUUCAUUCAUUUACUUUCUAUAUUUGUACUUAUGUGGAAACGGUUGAUUUAUCCUACAAGUUAUCUAGUGAAGAUAUUCAACAAACAUUAACAAAUAUUGGACAACAACAAGUUACGAGUAUAGUCAAUUAUAUUCAAGAUGGGAUAGCUGUAUGCUCGAUUUUCUCACUUCCUUUUGAAUUUGAUCAUCUCAAAAAUCUGGGCAAUAAAUUUCCAAAUAUUGUAUUCAGUUACGUUGCGUUUUUACUUGUAGAAGAUAUUAAUCCAUUCAAACAUGAAUUCUUCAUUCGAAUUGCCCGAUCAUUUCCAUUACUUAAAUGCUUACGUAUUUUUAAUAGAGAAUCACAAGGUUUAGAUGGUCUUAUGACAUUUUCAUCUGACAAUUGUCAAUUACACUCAAUUAUUGAAUACCCCCAUCUGACUAUACUUGAUGUCGCAUAUGCACAUAGAGAUUAUGUUGAACAAUUUCUUAAUGAAACAAAGACAUAUAUACCUUGUCUGG